AUGGCCACCUCACCAAACACCAGCUACACUACUCCGACACGGCCGUCAGCUGGAGGAAGCGGUGGAGGUGGAGGAUACAACGAUCGGACUAGCUUUGGAACACCUGGUGGUGGUGGCGCUACUCCUGGAUCUGCCUCUUCAACAGCCUCGAACACUACACCGCGCGCCGAUCGUGGUCCAACGCUCCCACAGUUCAAUCUUACCCGGACCACCAGUGCCAACGGAAGUCUAAACGGACCAGGAACAGGUAACAGCAGCUUCAACAAUGCAAUAGCGUCCCUGGUGGACCUAUCGCCUGGUGGACCAUCAUCGUCAGCAGGAGGAGGACUUGGUGCAGGACAGCGGACACCGAAUGCGUUGACGAGAAAAGCACAUGCCACUCCAGGAAACAACGCGCAUUCUUCGUUUAAUCAAAAUAUGCGCGUGAUCCCAUCGCCUUUUGCAAAGUCGCCGGCGAGUUGGCUUGAUAUCUCGUUGCCAUCGCCAGUCAAAGGUUACGGAAGUGCUGCCUCUACGUCAAGUGCGUUUGCCGCAGGAGGCCCCUUCACAGCGAUCAGUGCUCCUGGAACAGGAAGCGGGAUACGGUCAAUCUUUGGCUCUGGCCUGUCAACUAUACCGGGCUCUGGGAGAAGCGAUAUACCACUAUCUGCUGAUCGACAUGGAGACUAUGGAGUGUUCGAUGCCGAUGGCCACACAAGCGCGGUCGACUUCUUUGCACCUGAAGAGACGAAUCGGUCUCGGUAUUUGGAUCGGGACCAGGAUCGGGAACUGGAUACGGUUGGCAGUAUGCGGGCUUGGCGGACAGAUGCUAUGCACCAACAUAUGUACAGAACUGCAGCCUAUUGGGGAGACAAAGUCCUCAGCAUUACUGUGUAUUAUUUGAUGGGAGAGUAUGGCCGCGCGAUCAACCUCUUGAAGAAGCAGAACUUGGUCGAGUCGUCCGUCGCGUGUCGAUUCCUGGCGGUGCAAUGCUUGAUUCGAACGCAAACGUGGCAGGAAGCAUUGGAAUAUUUGGGAGAAGAGAACCAGUUUUUGAUCAAGAGCGAGGUUUCUGACAGCCAACAAUCCAACAGCGGCGAAGGAGGAAUCAAACUGGAGGCGUCGAUGUGCUUUUUGAGAGGUAUCGUGUUCAAGAAUCUGCACAACAUCGAUGUGGCAAAGCAGUGUUUCAAGGAAGCGCUCAGGAUUGAUGUCAAGUGCUACGAUGCCCUCGAUAUCAUGAUCUCCAACAACAUGCUGACGACCAGUGAAGAGCAGGAACUCAUCAAUGGACUUGAAUUCAGCAAACAGCUUCAUGGACAGGAUGCAGACUUUGUCAAGAUGCUAUACCAAUCAAAGAUGAAAAAGGCAAAGCAGGAGGAGAUAUACACGACAUUGGCGGCCAAGUUCCAGACAGAGAAUGCGGAUUUGCUUCACGCCAAGGCAGAUGUUUACUUUACCCAGGGUCGCUUCGAAAAGUGCCUCGAGUGCACCAAAAGGAUUUUGGAAAUGGACAAGUUCAACUUGGCGUGUAUACCCAUGCAUCUGGUGUCCCUGUACGAACUAGAUCACAAGAACGAACUCUUCUUGAUUGGCCAUGAGCUGGUGGAUCAACACCCAAAGGAGGCGGUGACAUGGUUUGCGGUUGGGGUGUACUAUUACUUGAUUGGAAACAUCCCGGAGGCCAGGCGGUACUUUAUCAAGGCUUCAACGAUCGAUUCACAUUAUGGACCGGCCUGGAUUGGCUUUGGGCAUACUUUUGCGCUGGAGGGUGAGCAUGAAAAAGCCAUCUCUGCAUACGGAACGAGUACCAGGCUCUUUCAAGGGCAAGUGCUAUCAAUUGUUGCUUCGCCGUCGAAACACUUGCAGCAAAACAAUGCGGCACUGGCAGAAAAGUAUUUUGACGCGUGUCUGACGAUCUGUGACUCUGACCCGUUACUGUUGAACGAGAUGGGGGUGAUGUAUUACCAGCUGGGACGGUACGAUGAAGCGAUUACUUCUCUCCACAAGGUUGUCAAGAAGCUGGAGCACUCUCAGCGCAAGAAUGUCAUCUGGGAAACCACUUGGCUCAACCUUGCCCACGCCUACCGGAAACAAGGAAAUUACAAGGAAGCGGAGAUAUACUUCCUCAAGGUUGACAGUAUAGCAAAACCAGGACCGACUCGGGCAUCAGCAUUAGUAGGACUUGGAUUCAUCUACCAGAUCAUGGGUGAAACCAACGAUGCGAUGGAGGCGUACCACAAGGCGUUGUCGAUUCGACCGGGCGAUCAGACAGCGACGGAUAUGCUGCAGCGGAUUAUGGAGGAGAAGGUGCGCGACUAUGAGAUGCAGUGGAUGAGGGAUGCGUUGCCCGAGGAGAUGAUGGAUGAUGAUGGCGUUGAGCGGUCUAUUAGGGCUCUUGAGGAGCAUCGUGCGUCGACUGCUCGUGCUUUGGCUGCUCUUGGGAGUGAGUCUGGGUCUGGCCUUGAUGGAAGUGGAGGAGGCGCGGCGGGGAUUGAAGGGACGGGGAGGCGGAAAGGGACGGUGAGUGGUCUUGGUGAUAGCGGAGGGGGAGGUGGUGGUGGUAGUAGUCGUGGCAAGGCCAAGAAGGUGAAUGACUCUGAGGACUAA